GUUAAAAGUGCUUUGAGAACUGAUUCUGAUUUUAUUUUUUUUAAGUGUAACUAGAACUGUUUGUUGUCCAGUGACCAAUCACAGCACGACGCCAGUAAAGAAACAAAGAUCAGGUUAUGUAAUCUUUACCAUUUAACUCGUUGUUGGGUAAGCAUUCAAAGAAAAGGGGGGAAAAAAAACUGCUUACGGGAAAAAUUGCACAAUGACCCGAGUGGGCAGUUGACCUCUCUCUCCCAACUAAUUCUCAAAGAAUAUGUUAUUUAGUACUUUUUUAUUUUUUGAUUAGGUUUUAAAGUGAGAAAAAACUGACACUAAGACCUGUUUGGGGUUUAUAAUAAGAGCUAUAAGUUAAGACAUAGUUCAAACUGACAUGCACAAUAACUUAAUCUUUUUCUUUAAAUAUUACCUGCUGUGGGAGGAAAGUGUUUGAAUUUUAGUGGGGUUUUCCAAAAUCAAUCAACAUGACAUCAAAAACAAAGGCAGCAGUGCCAGAAGUUUUGUGAAACCGGCUUCUACGCUUUUACGUAACAUCACAUGCAGCCAGCAGGCAUAAAAGGCUGGAGAUGUCUGAGGAGAGGAGCAGAGACUCAAAAGCAGCAAACAUGAAGAUUGUUGUUCUGAUGCUAGCAUUCGGUUUUUGUCUUUCUGAUCCUGGAACUGAUCAGAAUGACAGAGUCUGUCAGGCUGCAGGCUCAGCUAGCUGUUGUAACAUCUGUUCUCUCACACCUGUAACUCAAAAAGUGGGAGAACUGGGGGAGAAGGUUGUAAACAUGGCAGAAAAAAUUACUUUUCUGGAGACCAGGCUGCAAAACGCUGAAAAAGAAGUUCUGGAGUUACGGAGCCUCACUGCAGGCUCUCCUCAGGUGGCUUUUUCAGCAGCUCUCAGGGAUUCUGGUUCUGGAAACAUAGGACCUUUUACCACUGCUACCCCAUUGCAGUACAAAAAAGUGUUCUCCAACACAGGCGAUAGCUAUAAUCCUUCAACAGGUAUUUUCACAGCGAUGGUCAGUGGAAUGUACUUUUUUCGCUUCUCGAUGUUCAAUAACAUGACUCCUGCUCCCAACUCGGUUGUGAGCAUCAUGAAGAACAGCGAACGGCUGACGUCAGUGUGGGACACCACUGGGDCUGACGYUCACGACAUGGGCAGCAACGCUGUGGUCAUCCCUCUGAAAGUGGGGGACAACGUGUUCGUGCAGCUGGAGCCAAACAGGCUCGUCUACGACGACGUGAUGAACUACAACACGUUUAGCGGCUUCCUGCUCUUUACAAUGUGAUGCAGACAACAGCUCUGCAUGCCAGCAUGGUUCAUUAUUAUUUCACAAUAAAGGAACUUGUAAAUCAUA